UUAAUCGGAUAUUGUUCAGGGGUUGGCUGUGCUGAUUGGAGUAACAGAGCUUGUGAAGGUCCUGGUUGGCAUUAUGAAGGUUCAUUCUGCAGCGUUUUCUCCUUUUUUUCUUUGUUUCUUCAGUCAGUUGUUAUUUACAGUUUCGGCUGGAGAAGGGCUUGGAAAAGGUUUUGGAGAUCAUAUUAAUUGGAGGACGCUAGAAGAUGGGAAAAAGGAGGCAGCGGCUAGUGGGUUGCCCAUCAUGAUAAUCAUUCACAAAUCUUGGUGUGGUGCUUGUAAAGCUUUAAAACCAAAGUUUGCUGAAUCUAAGGAAAUUUCAGAGCUUGCCCAUAACUUUGUAAUGGUCAACCUUGAGGAUGAAGAAGAACCCAAGGAUGAAGCUUUUAGUCCUGAUGGUGGCUAUAUUCCCAGAAUCCUUUUUAUGGAUCCCAGUGGAAAUAUCCAUCCAGAAAUCAUAAAUGAGAGGGGAAACCCAAGCUACAAGUAUUUCUACACCAAUGCUGAACAAGUCAUCCAAGGAAUGAAGGAGGCUGAAGUGAAGCUGACAGGUGAUGCUUUCAAGAAAAAACAUCUCGGAGAUGAAUUAUAAUACACUGGAGAUGUGUUUUAUAUAAGUUUGAAAUCUAAAAUAUGAUUUUUUAUCCUUCCUAAUAUUUAGCCGAUGAGGAAUUGUAACUGCACCAGAAAGACCUUUCCCUACUGGUAACUUCUUAGAUCAAAUACACUCUUUUUCACAUAAUAAAAUCAAGUAAAGCAUUAUUUUCCCUCUUACAGUGAGAUGCUUAUUUAUAGGAGAAUUAAAGCUAUAUUACUUGCAUUAUUUAAUGAAAAUGCCCUUUGAUCCUGAAAGAUUAAAAAAGAGCUUCAGUGAAGUUUAAGAUGUAACUCUCCUUUUAAAAUGUGUUUUUUAAAUGUUAGGAAAUGGUUAGUACAUGAUUUGUAGUGAGAACAUUAGUGUUACAGAAUAAUCCCUUUGACUGUUACUCUAAACAUGUUUCCUGCAAAGUCCUCACUUCAGUAGGGGCUUCCAGGUAAAAAUGUUUAGGAUUCUACUCUUGGGUUUUAAUUCUUUCCCUGUGAAUUAUAACCACAUACAUACAAAGCCAAAUACAGUGAUGGUUCUAAUGUGGACAGUUCAUGAAGCAAUUUCUGAUCAGUUCAAGGAGUAGCAUAAAGAAUAUUGGAUGUAUAAAUAUCUCUUCUUAUAGAAUUGCGUGUUCUGUUGCUUGAUUUAGCCCGAAACGUAACUCUUACAUUGUGCAUUCAUCUUUCAGUUGUUUUGUAAGCAGAAGAGAGAAAAUAUUCAAGUAUUUUGUGUGUUAAUUUCUUCUUUGAAUAUUCAGGGUGGAUACCUUGUCUCAUCACAUUGUACUGUAUUUUUGUACCAGGGUAAAAAAAAUAAAUUGAUUUUUGAUUUUUAUA